AUGGCGGACGGACAGUGUGUUUCUUGUAAAACAGCAAAUAAAUACAAUUGUAUAAACUGUUCUGUGUUUGUAUGUAAUCGAGUUGGAUGCAGUCUUGCUGAGUUGGAUGAAUCUACUGCUGGUUGGAUCGCCCAGCAAAGUGUAGGUUAUUGCAAAAGCUGUGCAGAUGAAGUUAUUUCGGAUUACCAAGAACAGCGAAACAAGAAACCACAAACAGAAUCAGAUGAACAUUCUGAAAACACCAGCAGUGACGAAAGUAAAAGUUCUGAUGUACCACUAGACCAUUCAUGGAAGUCACCUAAGAAAAAAAGAGGAAAAAAACAAGAAAGUGGCCGGCAGAAAGGCAAUAUGGAAAGAAUCAAAUAUUGA